UAUGGAUUGCUUCAGUAGAUAUGAAAGCUCUUUGUUAAAUUGUGGAGUAUCUAGAUUUGAUAGAUGUAGCAGUGGUCAGGAGGCAGGAGUCCAUUGCUACCACAAAAUAAAUGAAAUGAUAAGACUUGUGAAUGGAGCUUCAAGCAACGAGGGUCGUGUAGAGGUGUUUAUCAACGGGACCUGGGGUACUGUGUGUGAUGAUGGAUGGGAUGAUAACGAAGCCCUAGUUUUAUGUAGAAGUCUGGGCUAUUCAGGAGAUUAUACGGCCCAGAAAAGUGCCUAUUUUGGACAAGGGUCUGGAACUGCGUGGAUAAGGAGGAUACGAUGUAGAAGAAGGGAAUCGUCCAUCUUUGAUUGUUCAUACUCCGGCAUCUGGAAAACUAAUUGUCGUCGGUACAAGGAUGCUGGUGUUAGAUGCAAAUAAUUUGCUACUACAGAGUUUUAUCUCUGUUAAUCUUCCAAACUGUUAUCAAAUCUUUUUCGUGUAAUUUUUCAGUGAUUGGUUAUGUUCAUUCUGAUGUAGCACUAGAUAAAAACAUAUAUAAUAUACUUAUAUAUACUUUUUUUAAUCACAUAUGUAUUGGCAUCAACAAAUAUUUGAUUAAAUGACUCUUUAAGAUACA